AAAUAAAGGCACUAUAAAAAGGUUUGCUGUCGAACAUUAAGCAUCACACACAUUUCUUGUUUUCGUUUGUUCACUUGACGAAUAAUUUCAAACAAUCAAAAUGUUCAAGCUUUUCAUCUUCGCCUGCUUCCUCGCUCUCGCCGCCGCCAAGCCCGGAGUCCUGCCUCUGGCGUACACUGCUGCGUACACCGCCCCCGUCGCUGCUGCGUACACAGCUCCAGUGGCCGCAGCGUACACCGCUCCAGUGACUUACUCCGCGUACACGGCUUACACCGCACCAGUGGCCUAUUCCGCUUAUACUUACGCGUCUCCAUACUCCGCAUACUACCUUCGCCGUUAAUUUUACGACAUCGAUGAAUUCUAAUUAUAAAACGCAUGAAUAAAUAAUUGCAAAACA